GAACGCAGCAUUGCCUAGCAACAGCAAAGUUUGGUUCCCCCGCUGGUCCUAGUCAGUAAAAAGUAAACUUUCUCCAACUUUCUUCGUCGAAAUGCCCAAAAAGAAGGAUAAGAAGAACGUGGGGAAACAAGAUGAAAAGAAGAACACAUCUACAAAGGAGAGUUUAGAGACUCCUGUUGAUAGAGGAGCUUCAGACAACAGAGAAAAGGAGUUAUAUCUGAUUCAAGUACGAUAUUUGAACGAGCAGUUGGAGAGAUAUCAGCAGAAGUGUGAUCAACUAGAGAGGGAGAAGAAAGACUAUAGCUCUCAGCACCGCUCUCUGGAGAAGGAGAAGAAGGACAUUGUUGAUUAUCUGAAACGCUCCCUGCUGGAAAAGGAGGAUGAGGUGGAUGAGCUGAAAGAGCGCCUGGAGGUUCAGCGGCAGGCUGCAGAUCAGGACAGAGACGCCGUGCAGCUGCAGAACAGUCAGCUGAGAGAAGAGCUGCAAGGCCGGAUCAAUGAGCUCACAGCAGAAAACACGGCAUUAGUUGCCCGGCUGGAUGGUCUGGCCGAGUUUCAGAGACAGAAGGAGGAGCUGAAGUCCAGCAUGGAGUCUCUGAAGAAGCAGCUGACCAUCCAGGAGGAGAAACACAAAGCUGACAUCCACGACCUGAAGAUGAAAGUGCUGCUGGAGAAGAAAAAGUUGGAGAAGGAGAUGGAGAGCCACGUAGCAGCCAUUGCAGCAGAUGUGCAGCAUCAGGUGGACCAGAAGGUCCCAGGGACAACAAGACUCGCUCUCCAGGAGAACACGGAGCUCAAAGCUCAGCUGGACCAGCUGUCCAUACAGAGUCAGGUCCUGAUGGAGGAGAACUCUGCUCUGCUGGAUCGUAAGAGAAGACUGAGGGGGGACGUGGAGAACCUGGAGCAAAUGCUGAGGGAGACGUCCCGGCAGAGCUGCAUCCUCAAGAAGGUGGUGGGGCAGCUCACAGAAAAGUGUCAGCAGCUGCAGGCGGAGCUGAAAGAGCGCAGCCAGGAACUCGAGCAGCUUCAGACUGAAAAAUCAGGACUACAAGCUGAGAUGGAGACACUCAGACAGGACAGGAACUCGCUGAAGGAGCAGUGCAGCAAAAACAGAGCAGAGGUGAGCCGGUUGGAGGCGGAGCUCCAGGAGGAGAGGAGGAAGAGGAGCAGGAUGAAGAGCAUCAUUCAGGAGGCUGUGGGGAUGCUCAGAGAAACCCUGAUGGAAGACCUUACUGAGCAGGACUUGGAGGUGGACUCUGUGGUCCAGUCGAAGCAGCUGAUGCAAAGGCUUCUGGUGGUCUUGGACAGACCGACUCUAAACAACCAACAGAAUGAGCAGCAAACUUCUGACUCUGCAGCAGCCAGAGAACUUACUCUGAAUCCAGCUCUGAGUUUCCAGUUCCAGAUUGCUCGUUACAGUCUGGCUGAACUCAGCAUCGUGCCUCGUCCCUCACCGAAGAACAAACGCGCCAUCUCCAGCGGCACCAGCGUGGCUCUGCACAGGAAGCCUCUCGGUCAGAAGACAGCCGCUGAUUCAACUGUCAAAUUUCUAACCUCCAGAAACGCGUUCACAAAAUCCAAACAGCCGUAACUGAACUCAUUUUCUCAUCAUGUUGCAGAAAGAUCUUAAGCAGACUGCUGAGCUUUUCUGGAACCUCCACACACCUCAAAAUAAGAGUACAAAAAUCUAAUAUACUGUGUGUUGUUUUUUUAUUUGAUUUCUUAAAUUUGCUCAAGUUUGGCUGUAUGAUCUGAUGAUACUUCUUUUGCCACUUCCAGAUCAUUUUUUAAUCAUGUCUACUGAAUUUAACAAGUUUUAAAAUAUCAAAGUUUGUUUUGUAAAUGUAUACGUUCAUCCUUGGAAAUGUGUCAAACCCUCCUCCCCUCUUUCUGCCUGUUGAACUGUGAGCCUAUGAUAAAAUAACGCUUUGAUUUUAA